AUGGCCACCCCCGCCAAUGCCCCUGCGGCAGCCGCGGGAUCAGCGUCACGUGGAAAGCCGACAAAGACGAGGGAAUACCCGCUCAUGUCACGCCGCCAAGUCGAAGGCUUGAUUGCUCAGGGCAGAGUCGUCACAAUCAUUGACCAAUUUGUCGUCAAGCUGGAUGGGUGGUUAGCGUACCACCCUGGCGGCGACAAGGCUAUCCAGCACAUGGUCGGGCGGGAUGCCACCGACGAAGUCACAGUACUGCACUCCCCGGAGGCCAAGGCGCAGAUGACAAGGUAUCGAAUCGGCAGAAUCGAGGGACACUGGAGGAACUUUGUGCCGCCUAUCCAGGGAGGCAAGUUCAGGACUCUCGAUGAGGAUAGCCCCGACGUCGACGACGCCGAGGAUGAUGAAACCCUGCGCUUCUUUGGCGCCUCCUCCCCCAGCGACGUCAGCUCCCGCGAAGCUUCCCCCGUCUUCGACACUGCAGACAAUAAUAUACGCCGCAGACACGGUGCGGCAUCCGUCUCUUCGGCGACCUCGGCUACCGACGACGCUCACGACGACAAGGACAUGGACGGAACCGCCUUCCUCGACUCGGAGACGCGCAAGCAGAUCCGCCUUGAUCUCGAUAAAUACCCUACCCUGGAUGAAGAGACACAGGGGCAGAUUGUACACAAGUACAGGCUUCUUGACGAGCGCAUCAAGGUCGAGGGGCUGUACGACUGCGACUACCGUGCCUACGCCAUCGAGGUGAUACGGUAUACGCUCCUCUUUUCCGGUAUGCUGACCUUCCUGCGGUGGGGAUGGUAUUUCCUGAGUGCCGCCUGCCUGGGUUGUUUCUGGCACCAGCUGGUCUUCACUGCUCAUGAUGCUGGACAUAUGGGCAUUACCCACAACUUCCACGUUGACACAUGCAUCGGCAUCUUCAUCGCUGACUUUAUGGGCGGGCUAUCCAUCGGCUGGUGGAAGCGGAACCACAACGUGCACCACAUCGUCACCAACUCCCCUGAGCACGACCCCGAUAUUGAGCAUUUGCCCUUCUUCGCCGUGUCUCACCGGUUCCUCGGCAACUUGACAUCGUCCUAUUACGAACGCGUGAUGGAGUAUGACCUCGCAGCCAAGUUCUUCCUAUCGUUGCAGUCGUAUCUGUACUACCCCAUCAUGCUGUUCGGUCGAUUCAAUCUUUACAGGCUCUCGUGGGACCACCUCAUAAUGGGCCGUGGCCCCAAGAAGGGCAUCGCCUGGUGGCACCGCUGGCUCGAGGUGGCCGGGCAGGUCUUCUUCUGGGCCUGGUUCGGCUACGGCAUCGUGUACAAAUCUAUCCCUACCAACUGGGACCGCUUCGUCUUUGUAAUCGUCAGCCACAUGUUCCAAGCGCCGCUGCACGUCCAGAUCACGCUGUCUCACUUCGCCAUGAGCACGGCCGACCUGGGCCCCCACGAGUCGUUCCCACAGAAGAUGCUACGCACUACCAUGGAUGUUGACUGCCCGACUUGGCUCGAUUUCUUUCACGGGGGGUUGCAGUUCCAGGUUGUUCACCACAUGUACCCACGCAUCCCGCGGCACAACCUGCGUAAGACGCAGAGGCUCAUACAGGAGUUUUGCAACGACGUAGGCAUCCCCUAUGCCCUGUACGGCUUCGUCGAUGGCAACAAGGAUGUUAUCGGUCGGCUCGCGGAAGUAUCUCGACAGGCGGCCAUCUUGGCAAAAUGCCAAAAGGUUGCUGCCGAUCACAUUCAGGGCGGCCAUCGUCACUGA